AUGCAGCAGUUCCCAACAGUCCUCCCACCGCCUCCUCUGCCGGACGGGACAGUCCCGACGCGUACACCCGAAAAGCACGCAAACCUCGUCCGCUUCCAGUCCGAGCUCGAGUUUGUCCAGUGUCUGGCCAACCCACUGUACCUCCACGAACUGCAUGUGCAGAAAUACCUCGACGACCCGGCGUUCCUGGAAUACUUGAAGUAUCUCGAUUACUGGCGCAAGCCCGAAUACGUUCGCUUCAUCAUCUACCCUACCUGUUUGUCCUACCUCACCCUCCUUCUCACACCGACCUUUCGGGCCAUGCUGGGUGACAUGGGCUUUAUUGGAGAGUUGAUGCGCAUCGGGACGCGACACCACGAGACAUGGCGUGCCGAGAAGGAACCUGUCGAGGCCAAGACUGAGCCGGUGGAGCAGGCAGAGACCAAGCCUGGCGCCGAACAGAAAGAGGCAUAG